CCGAUGGGUAUCUGCAAUGCCCUUGCAACUUUUCAGCGGGCCAUGAACAUGGUCUUUCAGAAUUUCAUAUGGAAGACUCGUUUGGCACAGAGCAUCAUCAACUACUGCGUGAUUGUGUACAUGGAUGACAUCCUAGUGUAUUCGAGUUCCUACAAGGGACACGUGCAGCACAUCGAAUGGGCACUACAUGCGUUACGAGAUGCAGGUUUCAAGGUGGCGCUUGAGAAGUGUCAGUUCUUCCUCACCACCAUUUCUUUCCUAGGGCACGUGGUGACAGACAAGGGACUCCAACCGGAGCCGCAGAAGGUGGCAGCUGUCAGGAACGCGCCAGUGCCUACCACCAUCACGCAAGUUCGCGCCUUUCUGGGCCUAGCCUCGUAUUACCGAAGAUUUAUCAAGGGCUUCGCGGCGAUUGCGGGACCCCUCACAAAUCUCCUGCGCAAGGAUCAGCCGUUGAUCUGGACGCCGGAGUGCGAUCAAGCGUUUUCCAAACUCAAGGUUGAUCUCAUUUCGGCUCCGGUCCUUAUAAGACCGGAUCCCGAAAAGCCUUUUGUCCUCAUCACCGACUGGCAGCCAGAGGUGAUUUCGGCGAUCCUUGCCCAGGUGGGACCAAGCGGACUCGAGAGUGUGGUGGAGUAUGCGUCCAAAUCAGUACCCGCUUGCAAGCGUAACUACGCCGCUCCGACAAAAGAAUGCUAUGCGGCUCUCUGGGGAAUCAGUCACUUCCGUGCUUACUUGUACGGGCGAAGAUUCACCCAGGUAACUGAUCAUGAGCCCCUGUUGGCUUUGAAGAAGUCGAAGGAUUACUCGGGCAUGAUCGGGCGAUGGGCAACGGUGCUGCAGAGCAUGGACUUUGACAUCCAUCAUCGGAAGCACGAGAAACACUGGAACGCAGACGGACUGACACGAUUGCACCUACCUGAGGAGGUUCCGAGGAAUGAGGAGGUGAUUCCGUGGAACGAACCCGAGCAGAAGGUUGGACCUCGGUACGGCCCUGUGGAGAUUUUGUCGAAGCAGUAAGCACUCCCAAUCGCAUCCAAUAACUCAUCAAUCCGGGGGAGGGGAUACACAUCUUUAAUCAUGAUAUUAUUCAGAUUUCGAUAAAUUCCUCCGGCCUUU